AAGCCUCUAACCAUGCUGGUGCCGUCGAACACGGCGAUCAGCAAGCUGCAGAUCACCAAGUACAAGUCCACGGAGCUGAUGGUGGUGGUGGGGUGCUCCGCCUUCAAAAAGGUCAUUCGGGCCGACGCGCUCAAGAACCUGCCCUUGGGGAGCAACAUCACGACCCUCGCGAGCACCAAGGCGGGCAAGCCCAUGACGCUGCAGAAGCUGGUGAACAACAAGAAGGGGCAGGUGGUGCUGCAGGGGAAGAAGGGGAGUCUGCAGCGUACCAGAUGAAGCACAUUUGUCGGAAAAUAGGC